AUGUCCACGGUUCUCCCCACGCUCCAGGUGCUGGUGAACUAUGCCGAAGUGCUGGAGCAGAUCAAGGACUUCCUCCUGCACUUCAAGCUGGCAACGCUGGUCGACGAAGAUGUCGACAUGGACCCCCAGCCUUACGCCGGCCUCAAAUACAUGCUGAUGCUCCAAUCGGUGGCCAAUCGUGAACGUGAUACCGUCAACAUCGAUUUGGACGAUGUCAACGCCUACGGACUCAAUACCCCCGGCGCUUCUAAUUUGGUCAGAGAGAUCAUGGCCAACACCCACCACUAUAUUGAACUCUGUCUGAAAGUCGUCGACGAACUCAUGCCUGAGCCCAGUAUCGACAUCAGUUAUAAAGAUGACGUUUUGGAUGUGAUCAGACACCAGCGUAAGGUGCUUAACCAGCGGUUACAGCUGGAACAGACUGCAGAAUUCGACCGGUUACGUGAUGGUCUCGAAACUGGACCCGGUGAUGCCCUUGCCGAAGACCUUUUCCCUCCCAAAUUGACCCGCAGAUACACCCUUUAUUUCCUCCCAUUGCUGCCGCUGAACCCUAAGUACCAUCCGUUGGCAGUGCGUGAAGUUAAAGGGUCCGAUGUUGGCCACUAUAUCACUGUUCGAGGCAUCGUCACUCGUGUCAGUGACGUCAAGCCCCUCGUGGUGGUGGCGGGUUACACCUGUGACAAAUGCGGUCACGAAAUCUUCCAGGAAGUCAAUCUGCGUACGUUCACUCCGUUGUCUGAGUGUCCCGCUCGCCAGUGCCAAACUGACAAUAAUCAAGGCAAAUUGCACUUACUGACACGGGCACUGAAGUUUAUGAGUUUCCAAGAGGUUCGCAUCCAGGAACUCUCCAACCAAGUGCCUGUGGGUAAUAUUCCUCGACUGCUUACCAUCCACGUUAACGGUCCUUUAGUGCGGUCGAUGAACCCCGGUGACACCGUCGACGUCAGUGGUAUCUUCAUGCCUCUCCCUUAUACCGGUUACCGUGCCAUCAAAGCCGGUCUUUUAACCGAAACCUACCUUGAAACCCAAUCAGUUUCGCAGCACAAAAAGCAAUACGACCCCGACCACAUCGACCCUGACGUCGCAGCCCGCGUAGACCGGUUAGUCGCUGAGGGUGGCGACGUUUACACUAAGCUUGCCAAGCUGAUUGCCCCCGAAAUCUUUGGCCACGUCGACGUGAAAAAGAUUUUGUUAUUGCUUCUUGUUGGUGGUGUCACUAAAGAAAUUGGUGACGGGAUGAAGAUUAGAGGUGAUAUCAACGUGUGUCUUAUGGGUGACCCUGGUGUGGCCAAAUCUCAAUUGCUUAAAGCCGUGGGUAAGAUUGCCCCUAGACUGGUGUACACUACCGGUAGAGGUUCUUCCGGUGUCGGUUUGACCGCCGCCGUCAUGCGUGACCCUGUUACCGAUGAAAUGGUGCUUGAAGGCGGGGCACUUGUGCUUGCUGAUAAUGGUGUCUGUUGCAUUGAUGAAUUCGAUAAGAUGGACGAAAACGACCGUACCGCCAUCCACGAAGUGAUGGAACAACAAACCAUCUCCAUUUCUAAGGCUGGGAUCACCACUACCUUAAACGCUCGGUGCUCGAUCCUCGCCGCUGCUAACCCUCUCUACGGACGCUAUAAUAAGAAGUUGCUGCCCCACGACAACAUUAACUUGCCGGCGGCGCUUUUGUCGCGUUUCGACGUGAUGUACGUGAUGAUCGACGAUGCCCUGCGUGAAGGCGAUGAGGAAUUGGCGUCGCACGUGUGCUUUGUCCACCAACACAACCGCCAGCCCGACCUUGGGUUUGUUCCUUUAGCCCCCGCUGCCAUCCGUACCUACAUCAACCGGGCACGUGCCUUCAGACCCACCGUGCCUCAGGAAGUCGGUGACUACGUGGUGCAACAAUAUAUCGCCAUGCGGAAAGAGCUGUAUCGCCAGCAAGACCUGAUCAAGAAGUUCAGCCACAUCACUCCGAGAACGUUAUUAGGGGUGUUGCGGUUAGCUCAAGCUCACGCCCGGGUGCGUUUGCUGAAUGUGGUUGGGUUUGAAGAUGUGGAAGAGGCGUUGCGUUUGAUUCAAGUGCUGAAGACGCUGAUGGAAGACGACGACCACUCGGGCCGCGACGACGAGCUGGCGACGCUGAAGAUCUUCCAGUACUUGCGCCACUUGGCGUUGGAGCUGGACGAGCCUCAAUCGCACUUGCCUAUGGACGACGUGCGCUCGCGGGUGCUUGCGCGGGGCUUCACCAUCGAACAGUUUAACGAGUGUGUCAACGAGUACAGCCACUUGAACGUGCUCCAGGUUGCCGACGACGGCGAGUCGUUGAUUUUCGUCAACGAGUAG